GGUGAAGUUAUAAAAGGCCACCGAAUGUUUGCCGGCUUCAGUAGUUGCGGCUAUUCAGCAGUGAAUUCAUUGAAUAUUCUUCAAUAAGAAACUCUAAAUAAAUUCCUCCGUGUUGCAUUCUCUUCAGUGGACAUUUUCCCUGCAUUUAUUUGCUCUUAUUCUCAGUGAAAAAUCAACGAAAAGUGAACCAAAAUGCCAAUUGAAGUGGACACUGAAGAUAAACUCGAAUACCGCUUCUACCCGGUUACGAAUCGCCUUGUAAACUUCAAGAUCCGCGCCCCCAAUGAUGCUCACUUGGCUCUCACCACGGGCCCUGCGGAGUCUGACCCGAUGAUUGAGGUUUUCAUUGGUGGAUGGAAGAACACCAAGUCCGUCAUCCGGAAGAAUCGCACGAAGCCCGAUGUAGUUGAAGCUGAUACCCCGGAUGUCCUCAAUGCUGGGGAGUUCCGUGGCUUCUGGAUUCGCUGGACGAUGGACGGGAUCAUCACUGUGGGCCGAGAAGGCGAGGCUGCAGCUUUCCUCUCUUGGCAGGAUCCCGACAAUUGCCCCUUCAACUAUGUGGGCGUCUGCACUGGAUGGGGAGCAAGUGGAUCGUGGAUCAUUGAAGGCGGUCCUGAGAUGAAGACCCCCGAUAAUCUCAAGUACAACUUUGUCCCUGCCCUUGAGCACGGAUCGGCCACAGUGGAGUUCCGGGGACCCUCGAAUUGUCACAUUGGGCUCAUGUCGAUGAACAAUGAAAAGCUCCCCCUCACGGAGAUCAUCCUUGGCGGGUGGAACAACACAGCCAGCGUGAUCCGCGUGAAUCGCGAAACACCGGAUCGUGUGCGUGUGGACACACCGAACAUCGUGAGCUCAGCCCACUUCACGACAUUCUUCAUUGAGUGGCGCAAUGGGUAUUUGUCGGUGCGUCAGGGUGGCCCAAGGGGGGCCCUUAUUAUUGAGGCGCAGGAGAGGGUGCGCUUCCCAGUGAGAUUCCUGGCUGUACGCACAGGAUGGGGUGCCACGGGCAAGUGGAGGAUUCACUUUGAUGCACCCACUACAGGGAAGAUCCCACCUCAAAUUGGUUCCUUCCCGCCACGGCGAGACACUCCAGGCGGUCUGGUCUCAAGCGGUGGAUCUGCUUGCUGGGUUCCAGCCAGUGGGGGUCAGGUUCCCGAUGGUGCCGUCCCCGGUGGUCACGAUGGGGAGCAGCUUUACGUGGCUCGUGCCAGAUACGGCGGUGGCCUUAUUCCUGGGAAACUCGUUCCAUCCCACGGUGUCUGCUACGUACCAUGGGGUGGUGGUGAGAAUUCCGUGACGGAGUAUGAAGUUCUCUGCGGCGGUGGAAGCUGGGUGCCCGGAACCGGAGACGCCAUUCCGCCCAAUGCAUUGCCAGCUGGUGAAACGGAAGAGGGUGAACCCUUGUUUAUUGGACGUGCCAAUCACGAGGGUACCAUCACCGUGGGCAAAGUUCAACCAUCCCAUGGAUGUGUCUACAUUCCGUACGGCGGCGAAGAGCUUCGGUACGAUCAGUACGAGAUCUUUGUUCAGUGAAUCGCGCACUACUCACCUUUUUGAAUCUCUUUUUCUAUAUUUGCUAAACUUUGCAAAAUUUUUUUUGAUGAUGAUUUUGUAGUUGGUUAUACAAAGAAAUUCUCCGUUCACUAUGAAAUAAGUUUUUUUUUGGAAUGCUAUAUAAUAUUAUUAUUUAAAUAAUGUAAAAUUGCUGAAGCAAUAAAUGCACAAUGUGUAUGUUAAGAAA